CAGAAAAGCAGGAAAAAAAGUCAAAUGUCUGUCAUCUGAACAGCAAAGCGAUUAGGUGGAAGGGAAGAGCUCGGUGCCUGAUAAAAAAAAACUAUUUCAUUAGACUGUGUGAAGUCAAGAAGCUAACACGGGUCGAAUCGUGUCCGUUAGCUAUAAAAUUAAUAAGUGCAAAAUUGUAGAUUUUAAGAACCGUUCUAUAAAGUACAAAGAAAUAUGAUAAGAUAAAUUUUUAUUAUUCAAAAUAAUAAUUUGUGGAACCAAAAAAAAAAGAGAUUUGUGUGAAAAAAUAUUUAUUGAAAUAAAUUCUAUAAAAAUUGGAUAAUAAUAAAAUGAAAGGAUUAUUGUGUAUUUUUGCCAUUCUUGGAUAUUGUAGUGCAGCCGGAUUCUCGAAAGGUCUUCGUGCCGUGAUUUUUUAUACACACGAUGAGAGCUUUGUUGGAUCAGAUGUGUCGGUUCAAGAAUUAGAUGCAAAAGUUUUCGACGAACUUUAUGGUACAAAAAAAUUCAUCAUUAAGCCAAAAGCACUAAGCAGCUCGUACGAAUUCCUCUCACUUCUUGACAGUCGAUGUGACAUUCAAUUGAAAUGUGAGAAGCUUCAGGUACCUAAAGUUGAGCAAUUGACAUGUCCAGCACCAAAGUCAUGCCCGUCUUGUGAAAAAUGUCCAGCACCACAACAGUGUAAGAACAUUCCAGAUACAACAACAACAACAAAAGCCCCAACAACCACAACAACUACAACAGUCAGACCUACAACAACCACAACAACCAAAGCUCCAACAACUACAACAACAAAAACUCAGAAAAUUACUGAACCACCACGUACUUACCUUCCAGUUCCAACAACUCCAGAGCCAAGAUGUCUUAAAAGUGGAGGUUCAGGUCCAUUCUGUUGUAAGAAUGGAGCUGAUAAUGCUGACUGCUGUGAAAAUGGUGGAUCCGGACCAGAUUGCUGUACUAAUGGAGGCAAGGGCAAGUACUGCUGUGCCAAUGGUGCAAAUAAUCCAGACUGCUGUGAAAAUGGUGGAAAAGGAUCAUACUGCUGCAAAAACGGAGCUGAGAAUGCUGAUUGUUGCGUUAAUGGUGGUUCUGGACCUGAUUGUUGUACAAAUGGUGGUAAAGGCAAGUACUGCUGUCUUAAUGGAGCUAAUAACCAAGACUGCUGUGAAAAUGGCGGCAAAGGUAAGUUCUGUUGCAAGAAUGGAGCUGAUAAUGUCGAUUGCUGUGCUAAUGGUGGUGUAGGCGAAGCUUGCUGUACUAAUGGAGGAAGCGGACCUUUCUGCUGUGCCAACGGAUCAAGAAUGAAGAACUGUUGUCUCAAUGACGGUUCAGGCCCAGAUUGUUGCACAAACGGUGGUAAAGGAAUGUACUGCUGCAAGAAUGGCGCAAACAAUCCAGAUUGCUGUGAAAAUGGCGGUUCAGGUAAAUUCUGUUGCAAGAAUGGCGCAAAUAAUCAAGAUUGCUGCACAAACGGAGGCAAGGGCAAGUACUGCUGUCUUAAUGGAGCAAACAAUCCAGACUGCUGUGAAAAUGGAGGCAAAGGCAAAUACUGUUGCAAAAAUGGAGCUGACAACGCAGACUGUUGUGCUAACGGCGGCAAAGGCAAAUAUUGCUGCACAAAUGGAGCUACAAACGAAUUCUGCUGCACAAAUGGAGCAACAAACAAGGAAUGUGCAUUGAAAGUUUUGACAACAACAACAACAACAACUACAACAACUAAAAAGUCCCAAUCAACCACUUCAACAACAACCAAGAAACCAACAACCACAACGCGAACAAUUCCAACAACAACAAAGGACAGACGAUAUGUCCCAGUCUCAUAUGUCUCAAGACCAGUCGGUGAAGCAUGGACAGGAACUUACAGAACAUUUGUUGGAACAUUCAGACAAGGAUACACAUGGUUACCAUUCACAGCUACUGGAUCAUGGCGUACAAGAAAGUAUACAACUGGAACAUUCACAACAACACCUUCAUACAAGAGAGAAGAUUACGUUAAUGGAAUUAGAGUUGCAAGUGAAUAAAUA